UUUCGCUUCCCAAAUCUCUUUUCUUUUCACCCCAAAAUUUAAACUCCCCGUUGUAGAUUAGGGCAGCCAGAGAAUUAGAGCGCGUACAACGUCGUUGGCUGAAGAUUUCUGUAUUGAAGAAGUAAUGGAAGAAGGGAUAUUUGAUGAUGCGACGGAUCAAAUUUCGCAAUUGCCUGAACCCAUUUUGCAGCAUAUUUUGUCUUUCCUUGAGGUUAAAGAAGCAAUUCAAAUGUCUGUUGUGUCGAAGACUUGGAAUAAUGCAGUUGCCAUGCUCCACUCAUUGAAUUAUGGAGAUGGGAGUCUUUUCCCUGUUGCAAAAAGAAACGAAAAUGAGGAAGCUGUAUUCGACAAAAUAAGAGAGCUACUGAAUGGUGUUGAAUCCAUGAUUCAGAAAAGGCAGGAGCAGAAUGUAGGCGUGCAAAAGUUCUGUCUUCGACUGUCGCAUAGCUAUAAGUUGUUAGAUUUGACACCUUACAUUAUCAGGUUGACGAAAGAACUUAGUGCCUGCAACAUAAAGGAAUUGGUAUUUAAGGUCGGAACGUACCGGGGCAAGCCGUGUUAUACCUUGCCCAAAGCUGUGUAUACUUGGUGUUCAUUGCAUAAGCUUGAGUUAGGAGGAUUCAAACUCAAAUUGCCUUCACGUGGUGGUAUAAUAAGCCUUUCGUCUUUGCGUGAGUUGCGAUUGUACAAGACUGAUAUGGAUCAUCGAGUAUUUCAGCUUCUGAUCAUGAGCUGCCCUGAGCUAGAGUUUCUGAGUGUUGAUUAUUGCCUUGGUUUGGAUCGUCUACAAAUUUUUGGGUUACUGAAAUUGAAAGAGAUCAGAACGCGUAACUGCCUCCAGAAUUUUGACAAAAUUCAGAUUCAAGCACCAAAUCUUGAGUGCCUCAAUCACCAUGGUCUGGGCACAUUAUCCCUGGUUGAUGUGAAUUCUUGCAAAAGUUUGAAGGUUUUAGUUUUAUAUUCUCUAACCUGCGAUAAUAAGUGGGUAGAGGACCUUUUUUGCAAUCUUCCCCUCCUUGAGGUUUUCAGGUUGAUUGGCUGUGAGGGACUGGAAAUGGUUAAGAUCUCGAGUAAUCAUCUUAAAGUAUUGGAGCUUGACUCAUGCAAGAACCUUGUUAAGACUGAAGUGGAUGCCCCUCUUUUAUCUGAAUUCCAUUAUUGUGGCAGCCUUUCAGUAUCUCUUUCCAUAGAAGCUGUAGCUAAAGAGUUGGUUUCCCUGGAUAUAGAGCAGAGAACUGAUGAGGUUCUAUUGAAUAAUGAACUUGUGGAGUUUCUCCAAAACUUCAAUCAUUCAAAGGUCAUUAGAUUGAUUACUGGCGAGCUACUCAAGUUGUCCCUCCCAAAAGACCUGUGUCCGCCACUCUAUGAUGUCAAGCAUUUGACUGUUAAUUCAGAUGGAGUGGAUAAAUCAAAGAUUUUGGACCUUUUGGAUUCUCUUCUUUGGAUGGCUCCUUGUUUGGAUACUCUAGACCUUAAUCUUGCUUGUGAUGAGAAAACUGUCAAGUUCACUCGUGAAUCUCCCCUGAUAGUGGAGGGUGUCCCCUGUUGCCCAUCCGUACCCUUCAAAUGUUGGCACCAUACCCUAAAAAAAGUCGAAUUUGAUAACUUUGAAAAUGUUGAAGAUCAUUGGAAGCUGCGGAAUUAUUUCGUUGAGAACGCAAAGAUAUUGGAAAGUAUUGAUGGUCUCAUACAAUGUGACAGAGCUUGAAUCAUGCAUGAACCUGCUUUCCCGAACGCUACUUGGAGAAUAACAUUUAAGUUGUUGGAUCUUGGAUAUUCACGUUGUAACUUGACCAAGUGUCAUUGACCUUGUUUUGUAGCUUGAAUCAGAAGUAUCAUCUUGCUCAUUGUGCACUU